AUGUGGAGCGGCAAGAUGGCGACGCGGUGGAGGAGGAAAGAUGGACAUUUAACACCCGGCAAAGGGCAUUUUCUACCCGACAACAACCUGAAUGAGUUUAUCACAGAUAUUGAAAUGGACACUCACUCCUCUGUGGAUCACUCCAUCCUGGCUAUUUUUGAGGACACUUCUGCAUCAGAGAACCGGGCGGCUGCAGAGGAGGACCGCGAGAAGCUGCUGUCGGCUCUCACAGAGAUGUUGGAAAGUGUGGAGGACGAUGACGACACACUCUCUCCUUUUAGCAGCUUACCACAAACAUCUCUUCUCAUGUCUCAGGACAAAACCAAGUGUGCAAUUUCUUUGUCUGACGUGCUUGGAGUGGAGGAAAAGUCUGAAAGUGAAGAAACAAAGGAAACAGUAAAUAAACUACAGAAUGGGGCAUUUUUUCAGCCGAGUAACAACAAAGUAGAUACUGAAGUUGAAGUUUUCACAUCUUUGUCUCUGGUAAACCUGGUGAAGAUCAUGCACCCGUACUGCCUGAAGCUCCAGGUGGAGGACGAAUUGGAGAAGUCCUCAGAAAACAGUGUUUUAUUCUCUAAAGAAGAGGUGUGGAAAUACCAGAGGCCCACAGAAGACACAGACGAAGAAAUAAACGUGGUGUCUGAGGAUGAAGAAUCAAAGGAGGAAACAGAAAACACACUCGAAUUCAGCAGCAAACCUCUGAAGUCUGCUUUACUGAACGCAAGUCCAAUUAAGAAGGAGAAGAAGAGACACUUACCCCUGUGCACAUCUUCAGGAAUUGAAGCCUCAGAUCUGACCAGCCUGCUUGAACAGUUUGAGGAAACACAAGCUAAAGAGGAAGGAGGGAGCGAGAGUGCAGCACAGGUCAACACCAGACACUUGACGGAAACAAAUGCCCCCAAAGAAGGUCCAACAAAGGCACUUGCACCCCAGCCCACGCUAUUGACAGGUGGGGCCAAAAAACUCAAUUGCGAUAUUCGUAUGGAGUCCUGCAUGGUCCCUCCUACACCACCGCCCAGUCCACCCAGCAGAGACCCAGACGGGACCAGUCUAGAACCCAGAGACCAAGACAGGACCACCCUUGAACCCACAGAUCGAGACGGGACCAGUCCAGAACAUGGGGACAGAGACCGUACUAGUCCAGUGCCCAGAGGCAGGAGCAGGAAGAGCUACAGGAGGAGGUCUCGCAGUUCCAGCUCUUCAUCCUCAUCCUCAUCAUGCUCCAGCGCUGGAUCCCCUUCUCCAAACAGAAAACGUCACUAUUGGAGUUCAGAGAGCAGCUCGUGUUCCUCCUCUUCAUCCCGCUCAGCCUCUCGCUCUCCUCCACGGCGCAGACGCCAUUUUUCCAGAACCAGAUUCAGCCGAUCCAGAUCCAGUUCUUGGUCUGAACCCAGGUCCCGCUCUCGGUCGUAUUCUCCCCAACCGAGAGUCAAAAGAAGAAGAUUGGAAGAUGUCUGCAGUAGUAGUCGACAGUCUAGGAAGCUAAUAAGAGAAGAAGAAAUACGCACCCAGAAACUGAGAGCUAUAGAUGAGCGUCGAGUGGUGUACGUGGGCCGUAUCCGCAGGACGAUGACACACGAGGAGCUCCGAGAUCGCUUUGUUCAGUUUGGAGACGUGGAGUCUGUCUCGCUCCACUUUAGAGACAGAGGGGACCAUUAUGGCUUUGUCACGUUUUACAACAUGGAGGAUGCAUUUGCAGCCAUUGAUAACGGUGACAAACUUCGACGGCCUGAUGAGCUUCCCUUUGACAUUUGCUUUGGUGGAAGACGACAGUUUUGUAAUUCAAAUUAUGCUGAUUUAGAUGCUAACCGGGACGUAGACUCUUCUCCAGUCCAAAGCCGGUUUGAGGAAGUCGACUUUGACUUGUUGCUCAAACAGGCGCAGAAAGGGUUAAAGAGAUCAGAGGAAGCUAAAGCGGGGAAAAGGCGUUUCAUCAGCGGAGUUGUGGAAGGUUUUUAUGGGCGACCAUGGACUAUGGAGCAAAGAGCCGAGCUGUUUAAAAGGGAACAAAAGUGGGGGCUGAACUCGUAUCUAUAUGCACCAAAAGAUGACUACAAACACAGAAUGUACUGGAGAGACCUGUACUCUGCACAAGAGGCUGCACAACUUACUUCAUUGAUAUCAGCAGCCAAAAAACACAAUGUUGAAUUCAUCUAUGCAAUCUCUCCGGGUUUGGACAUUACCUUCUCCAACUCUAAAGAGGUUGAUGCUCUAAAGAGGAAAUUUGAUCAGGUGAAGGAGUUUGGCUGCACGUCUUUCUCGUUGCUUUUUGACGACAUUGAGACCGAAAUGUGUGCCGCCGAUAAGCAGGCGUUUGCCUCCUUUGCUCACGCUCAAGUGGCCAUCGCCAACCAAGUCUUUCAGCAUUUGGGCCAACCUGAAGUCUUUCUUUUCUGCCCCACUGAUUAUUGUGCGUCUUUCUGCACUCCCAAUGUAUCCCAGUCAGCCUACCUUCACACAGUCGGUGACGAGCUACUUCCGGGGAUUGACGUACUGUGGACUGGUCCAAAGGUGGUGUCUCAUAAAAUUUCAGUCGAGUCUAUAGAGGAAGUGUCUGCUGUGCUCAAACGACACCCUGUUAUCUGGGACAACAUCCACGCCAACGAUUAUGACCCCCAACGCCUGUUCCUUGGACCCUUCAAAGAUCGAUCAACAGAUCUCAUUCCAAAGCUAAGAGGAGUUCUUACAAAUCCCAAUUGUGAAUUUUACCCCAAUUUUGUCGCCAUACAUACUUUGGCUACUUGGUGUAAAGCUACUCCAGACGUGGGAGCGAGUGAUGUAGAAAUGACAGGAGAGGGGGACCAGGACCCAUGCUACAGCCCACAGAAAGCCUUAACUCUAGCUCUAACAGAAUGGCUGGAGGAGUUUCUGAAUACAGACCAACCUGGAGGGCCGCCGCAUCCGACAUCUCGCAUGAGGAAGUAUCUGUCUGAGGAGGAGCCCAUGCAGACCGACAUGGGAGACUCAGCGUAUGUGCCAGGACCUGAUGAGAACCCGCUGUACACUGCGGAGCCCCUCACACUUGAAGACCUCAAACUGCUCUCAGAUCUGUUCUAUCUCCCGUACGAGUACGGGCCCAUCGCUCGGAGCAUGCUGCAGGAACUGGACUGGCUCAAAAAACACAGAUGGGCUGCUGCGGCACAGACUGAGAAGACGCCUGAGUGGUGCUCCAGAGCGCAGCACUUUGAUGAAACGUGUGAAGCAGUUGUUCAGAUGUUUAACCGACUCUCCAACGCACCGAACCGGAGGAUUCUGUACGACCUCUACAACUACAUCUGUGACAUCAAGAGCGGGGUGGGGCUGGCACGAGCCUAUGUCAAAACACUGAGUGGGCAUGGACGACCAUCAGCACAUGUGAUGAACGAUGACCCAGAGCCCUGGGGUUUCAGAGGAGGCCUCUCGGGAGAGUUCCAGAGAAUGCUGCCUGGACACGGAAACAGAGACCUGUUCAAACAUCCUCCACCUACAGCCAUCUACUGCAUUCGCCCAUUCUGCCCAGAAGAUAAAGAUGAGGUCCAGAGGAUAUUCAGGGAAAUGCAGAGACCAGGAGAGGACAAGGGGCCUCUGUUGAUGCAGCAGCCUCUUAUGAGUGAUGUGCUGUUGGAUCUUGAGACUCCGCAUUUGUCCAGCUGUGCUCUUGUGUUGGAGGAUGAGAUGGCAGUAUGUGGCUUUGCUCUUGCUCUGAAGGAUGCAAGACCUGCUGCUGUCAAGAUUCAGAGGGAGUUGGACGCCUCUGUGUUGAAGGACUUCCCCUCGGUGCUCACUGUGCAAGUGCUUCCUCGGGUCACUGAUCCCUCUCCAGCCAAGCGGAUGAUUAGUCAAUUGUUGUCCUGCCUCAAAAUCAGCGGUUCUGCUGGGGUGCUCUGUGAGGUGAGACACUGUGACAAGAGGAUGCUGGACUUUUACACUAAACUCGGUUCAUUUAAACCAGUCGAAAUCCCUGGACAACCUCAGGACAUCAUUGUGUUGGGAGCCAGACUCUGA